GGCUUCUUUACCUAAUCAUCCGUUACAAAAAGGGCCAUUCUUUUUGUGUCAUCUUUUAGAAGAAAAAACAAACCCUUCACGAUACUCAUCAUGGCCCUCAUGGCUCAUGCACAUUAUAGUCAUUUUGUUUAUUAAUUGUGUCAUCAAUUUUUAUUAUAAGAUAAGAAGAAACUGAAACAAAGUGAUUUUCAUAUAUCCUUGCCAAAAUAUACAUACCACCACCAACAAAAAACAUGCCAUCUUCACAAGAAAAUAUGACACAAAAAUGGCCAUAUUCAAGCUUAAUGCAAAAUGCUCUAUCAGAGCUAAAAUUGCAAAGAGGAAUAUUAGUUCCUUUGAUUGUUAUGAACUUCACAUGGUUUGCAAAAACAGCCAUUACAACUGCAUUUCUUGGUAGGCUUGGAGAUCUUUAUUUAGCUGGAGGAACACUUGGUUUUACGUUUGCAAAUGUGACCGGAUUUUCGGUCUUGAAUGGUCUUUGUGGUGCCAUGGAGCCAAUUUGUGGACAAGCUUUUGGGGCCAAAAAUUAUAAGCUUCUUCAUAAGACUCUUGUUAUGGCUACUUUGUUUUUACUACUAGUCACCUUGCCUAUUUCUUUGUUGUGGCUUAAUGUUGAUAAGAUCUUAAUUCACUUUGGCCAACAAGAAGAUAUUUCACUAGUAGCCAAAUAUUAUCUUGUUAACCUCCUACCUGAUUUGGUUGUUACCUCUUUGUUAUGCCCUUUGAAGGCUUAUUUGAGUACACAAAAUGUUACAAUCCCAAUUAUGUUGAGCUCAACUUUAGCAGUUGUUUGUCAUGUACCGAUAACCAUGUUGCUUUCAAGAACUAAAGGGAUUAUAGGAGUUUCAAUGGCAAAUUGGAUAACAGACUUCUUGAUCAUGAUAUUGUUGGCUAUUUAUGUUGUGAUCGCGGAGAAUAAAAAAGGCGGAAAAUGGAAAGAAGGAGGAUGGUGGGAACAAGGGUAUCGCGAUUGGAUACGAUUACUCAAAUUAUGUGGACCGUGUUGCCUUACUACUUGUCUUGAAUGGUGGUGUUAUGAAAUCUUGGUUUUGUUAACAGGGCACCUACCAAAUGCUAAGCAGGCAAUUGGUGUUAUAGCCAUUGUGUUGAAUUUCGAUUAUUUGCUCUUCUCUGUUAUGCUUUCGUUAUCAACAUGUGCAUCCAUUCGCGUGUCUAAUGAGCUCGGUGCAGAUAGUCCUGGCCCUGCUUAUCGUGCAGCCUAUGUAUCAUUAGCUAUGAGCAUUGUCUCGGGUUUUCUUGGUGGCUCUGUCAUGGCAGGGGCAAGAGGCAUUUGGGGUCCAUUGUUUAGCCAUGACAAAGGGAUAAUAAGUGGUGUCAAGAAGAUUAUGUUGCUAAUGGCAGUGCUUGAAGUGGUUAAUUUCCCUUUAGCAGUGUGUGGAGGUAUCGUUCGCGGAACGGCUAGGCCAUGGCUAGGGACAUACGCAAAUAUUUGUGGAUUCUAUCUCUUGGCAUUGCCAUUAGGUGUGAUUUUGGCUUUCAAGAUUCAUCUUGGUUUAGCUGGAUUGUUGACAGGGUUUGUGGUUGGUGUAGCUCUUUGUUUGGCCUUGUUGUUGGUGUUUAUUGCUAGGGUUGAUUGGGUUCAAGAAGCUAAGAAAGCACAACUACUUUCUUGUAACCUUGAAGAAAUUGCUAAAGAUGAUGAGAGAAACUAAAACUUCACAAGUUGUUACUUACAUAGUAUGAUUCAUGACUAUUGUCUUGUUUCACCUACAACCAGAGGCGGAUUUAAGGUGGAUUUAGUUGAUCGGUUCAACUGAACACAUUACUUAUGACGUGAACUAUAUAUACAUAUGUAAAAAGACAAAAAUAUUCUUACUCUUGAAUUCGCCUCUGCCUACAACUAUUGUUAGACAAAUAUUGUAAGUAGUUUCUUUCACAUUUCCCUCAAUCAUCGUGGUAUUAGAGGGACAUUGGUGUAGAUGAAACCAAAAACAAUGUGAAGGAAAAUCAAUUCAGAAGAAAAUACCAAUUGUUAGUAUA